CGAUCGCGAAACCGUCGUUCUUCCACAUAUUCUUCUUCGUCGCAGAGAUGAUGCGAGUUCCGGUGCAUAUGGUGAGGCCAUGGGGUUAUCGACCCUACGUGUAUCCCAGACGGCUCUCCAUCCCAUCGCCUUUAAAGGGUAUGCUUGUGAGACUGAACAGUGGUUCUUCUCAUAUCACCACCGUUGAAACAGGGCAUAUCGAAGUCAAGGACAAUGAAGGACUUCUAUUUGUCAAUAAUAUCUUUCCGUCAAGGUUACAAUGGCUGCUUCAAGGCCCUUUGAGUGGUGGUCGUUCAUAUGAAGAAAUGCUAAAGCGGAUCGACAGACCACACCUGGCAGCUUCUGAUCCAUUACAUAUCAUACGGCGCGUCUUUCCAGAGUCAUUAGAUAUCGAUAUCCGGGAAGUCAUCCCCCGCUUUAGAGAAGGCGGGGCGUUUGUGAAGUACAACCACCAGGACGGGCUCAAGGACUUGGACAUCAUCACCGCGAUACAAACUCACUUGAAAGAUCACCCUAUCAGGCCAUGGUUCAAUCCAUUUCAGCAGGUUAAUGUGGCUCAUGUUCAUGGCAGACCCUGGAUCGAGGACCUCUACCGCAUCCCUACUCCACGGCUCAAAGUGGAGUUCCUGCCAGCUUCUGCCGACGGAGCAGCAGGAGAACCAACGACCGAGGCCCUGUACAGUGUAUUUCGCAGAUACGGCAAGCUGAAGGAUAUUGAGAGACAGCCAUCGGAUUCCAAAAUUACUCCCAGGUAUGCUUUCGUCGUGUUUUCCCGCGCCAGGGACGCCGUCAUGGCCAAGAAUUGCGUGCACGGCUUCACCAUUUCGGAGCAAGAAGGUGGUGGAAAGUCCGGGACCAGGAUUAAAAUCAAGUAUGAAGCCAACAUCAAGCUAUCUAUGAUCAAGGAUUGGCUCUUGAAUCACCCACGAAUAGUGAUUCCUAUCAUUGCCGCCCUCAUUGCAGCUAUCACAGUAACUGUUUUCGACCCUAUCCGAACUUUCUUCAUCGAGAUGAAGAUCAAAGGCACUCUGCAAAAAGAAGAAAACAGCAUCUGGCGCUGGAUUCGAAACCAGGUGAACAAGGCCAAUAUCAUCUAUUUCGGUCGCCGCGGGUCUGAUCCACGCCGCCUCACGGCUAUUUGGGAGGAUCGUCAAGGUGAUAUCGCUCAGCUACAGUCGUGGCUAAUGGAGAACGCGGAGACGUUCAUCGUCAUUCACGGCCCUCGCGGAACUGGGAAACGGGAGCUUGUGCUGGAUCGCGCACUGGAAAACUACAGAUAUAAGGUCGUCAUCGAUUGUAAACAAAUCCAGGAUGCAAAAGGUGACACAGCAAAGAUUUCCCGCGCCGCGGGCCAGGUGGGAUAUCGGCCGGUUUUCUCUUGGAUGAACAGCAUGAGCAGCUUCAUCGAUCUGGCUGCCCAGGGUAUGAUUGGCACAAAGGCCGGGUUUUCAGAGACUCUAGAUGCUCAGCUCAGCAAGAUCUGGCAGAAUACUGCCACUGCCCUCAAGAAGGUGGCAUUGGAAAACAAGAAGAACGAUGAAAAGCAAUCGCAUCUCAGCGACGAAGAAUACCUGGAGGCUCAUCCAGAGCAAAGGCCAGUGGUGGUCAUUGAUAAUUUCUUGCACAAUUUUUCCGAGGACAGCGUGGUAUAUGAUAAGCUCACCGAAUGGGCUGCUGGCUUAACGACUGGGAAUAUUGCACAUGUAAUCUUUCUCACGACCGACGUCUCCUUCUCGAAGCCAUUGAGCAAGGCUUUACCAAACUCCGUUUUCCGGACGAUUUCCUUGGGUGACUGCUCGCCCGAGGUAGGGAGAAGGUUCGUGCUCAGUCAUCUGGAGUACGAAAGCAAGAGUGGCACAAAGGAGACCCCCGACCUUGGUAACCUAUCAGAUCUGGACAGCUGUAUCGAGGUUCUAGGAGGCCGAGUCACUGACCUCGAGUUUAUGGCAAGACGAAUUGAGGCCGGGGAGACUCCUCUAGCUGCUGUCACCCGCAUCAUUGAGCAGUCAGCCUCCGAAAUCCUGAAAAUGUUCAUUUUGGGUAAUGACGCAGUCUCAAAACCUUGGACCCAGGAACAAGCCUGGCAUUUGAUAAAGACGCUUGCCAACGCCAGAGACGCGGCACUGCCUUAUAACCAGAUUCUUCUCUCAGAUCUCUUCAAGGACAACGGCGAAGCAUCUCUGCGCGCUCUGGAACAAGCAGAGCUGAUUUCUAUCAAUUCAGUCAAUGGCUGCCCCGAUGUUGUCAAGCCCGGCAAGCCUGUAUACCGGGCUGUUUUCAAAAGACUCACCGAGAACAAAACCUUGAGCAGUCGUCUAGAUCUUGAGAUUAUAAAGCAGCUAAUCAGCAUUGAGAACAAGAGUAUAAGCAGGUAUGAGGAGGAGUUGCAACUCCUGGGGUCGCUGCCCAAACAGCCUUGGGAGCUCGCCAGCCGGAUCAAGUGGCUCCUAGACAAGAUCUAUAGCUCGCAAAACAAGGUCAGUAAGUAUGAGAAGGAGAGACUCAUUCAUCUGGCACGCGAUGGCUUCAACAGCGUGGGGUGGACCACCUGGGUCGCUCUACUGGUGUCCGUUUGCGUGGCGACUCGCCUGAUUAGCGGACUGCAAAGUCGCCUCGGCAAUGAAACUACCGAGGCGGGAGUGCCACGCUCGGCUCGGAUGGUGCCUUACUGGGUCCCUUGGAUAGGCCAUGGUCUAUCCUUCGUCCGGGACCAUGUAAAGCUGAUCGCCCAUGCUAGGUUGUCCAUGAAUGAGCCUGUCUUUGGUAUACAUAUGGGUGGCACAACUCACACCACAAUUGUCGCCCCUUCACUAGUCAAAGCAGUGUUUACCGCACGAGGCAUCUCUUCAGCCGCAUUAAUCAACUAUACCAUACGGACCGUCUUUGGUGACCGCGGUGCACUCCGCAGUCUGAGCCCUGCAGAUCACCAUGCCCUCAGUCACAGCGUGCCGAACCUUCUCAUGCGCGAACCCUUUUUAACGGAAGGUACUCAAACUGCUACCCGCUUGAUUGAACGCCAAACCCCCAAUCUGGUCACGAACUGCCAUAGUAUAGUCGACCAGAUGCAAUGGGAGCGCGGCAGUCAAGCAGUGGUGGUUGGACAGGAUGACGAUCUUAUCUGUGAGGUCAACUUCUUUGCUCUUAUUCGUCAUUUUGUCGGCCAUAUCACCACGGCAAUCUUCACAGGAGAGAGCAUAUUAGAAGGUAACCCGAACCUCCUUCCCGACGUCUUCACCCUGGACAAUCACUUCCUUGCCGUGUCCACGGGCCUUCCUCGGCUGGCACACCCUGGCAUAUCUGCAGCGCAUGGUGCCCGUAACCGGCUGUUGGAAGUCCUCACAGAAUUCCAAAAGGCGUUCUUAGCGUGGGACGAUGGCUUGGAUCCUGGCUCCGACUUCAGGGAUUUGGACGAUAUUUCGGAGCCCUUGAAGGAACGGAUCCGAAAGUGCAAAAGCCUGGGCCUUUCCGCUAGAUCGAGUGCUCCUGCACACUUAUCCCUGCUGUGGGCCAUGAACUCAAACUCUCCCAACGUGGUUUUCUGGCAUCUUCUUCGCAUAUAUGCCGAUAGUGCCCUUUUGGACGAGAUUCGUCAGGAGAUCGCCCCAUUUGUUAAGAUAAUUCGGCCUAGUAAAGAGGAAACCGGUCUUCCCUUUGAAGAGCCUCCUCGGAUGUCUAUUGACACGGAAGGCCUGAUCGAAUCCUGCCUCCUCCUUAAGGCUAGUUUCUACGAGACUUUACGUCUAGACUCUGCAUCUUUAUCAGUCCGCAACGUCACAUCAGACUUCACUGUGACUGAGUCCGAGGAAGACGCUGCUCUAGAUGGAAUGUCGCAACCUCGCUCGUACGAGUUCAAGAAGGGUGACUCUAUUCUUAUCCCUCAUGCCGUCCUCCACAACGACCAUCGAUAUUUCUCCAACCCUAGCCAAUUUGACCCGCUGAGGUUUGUCUCAACUGACCCCGAAACUGGCGAGAAGAAAGCGAGUAUGGAUAUCAUCAAACCAUUUGGCGGAGGUGUGUCAGGGUGUAAAGGUCGCGCAUUCGCGGAGCGGAAACUGCUGACCUUCGUCGCCGCGAUUACCGCCUUGUGGGAUGUUGAACCUGCUCACGGCAAAAGUUUUGUCAUACCCGAGCAUAGACCAUCCGCUGCGGCGUUCUUGCCAAAGACUGACAUCAGAGUACGGAUGCGUCAACGCAAAUGAUCGAAGGGGGCUGAGUAUCCUUGCAUAUACACGGUGUUUCAAGUAUAGG